AUGAAGAAUUUCGGUCCCGUUCACCUGUUCACAGUCCUGAGACUCUUACGGCAUAGAACGUAUUUGUAUGGAAUACAUGUACAUUUGACAAUAACCCUCUUACAACAUGGAGCAGAUGCCAAUGUUCGCAACGCUGAAGGCAAAACUGCAUUGGAACUGGCAGAUGCUGCAACAAGGCCUGUGCUCACUGGAGAUCAUCGGAAAGAAGAACUGCUUGAAGCAGCUAGAUCUGGAGCUGAGGAUCGCUUGCUUACCGUGCUGAACCCGCUGAAUGUCAACUGUCAUGCUAGUGAUGGCCGUCGCUCAACUCCUCUGCAUCUUGCAGCAGGAUACAACCGUAAUCGAGUGGUACAGUUAUUGCUGCAGCAUGGGGCAGAUGUCCAUGCAAAAGACAAGGGGUGAGGAUUUUGAUUCCUAUAGAAUAUUUUUUACCAAGAUCAAUUUGGAAUGCAUUGGCUGUAUCUUUAAUGUUGAUGUUAUACAUUAUAUGCAUAAUUGUAAUACUAUUGAUUGAUUUUACAAAUUGUCAGAACUAAACAAUAUCUGAAUUUAAGGUUCAUAUCUGUCUGUGUUUCCAAGAGCUACAUAAGGGAUAGUAGGAGCUGUGGUAGCAUAAUCGGUAUAGCCACUGGCUAUGGGCUGGACGACCGAGGGUUUGGAGUUCAAGUCCCAGUAGGGUCAAGA